AUGGCAACGCAGGACGAGAUGGAGGCGCUGGUCGCGCAGCUCCAGUCGCCGGCGCGGAAUGCGGCCAUUCUCACAGUGUGCCACGCAGCGCUCGUCGACGAUGACGGCGACGCUGACGGCGCGCGCGACUGGGCGCGGACCACCGUGCUCGAUACACUCACCGUGUACGCCAAGCCCGACCUCACGCUGAGCGUCACACGCGCGCCAAUGGUCCUCCGCCCAUCGCUUCCGCUGCAGCAGCGCGUCAUCAAAGAGACCGUGGUUCGCGUCUUGCGCAGUGCGUCGGCGCCGCUCCCGGCUGCCGCACUGCAACAAGUGCAGACCAUGCUCGAGGCCGCGCCACGCCCGCUCUUUCUCGAGGUAGCUCCGCUCGUAGCCCUGCAACCUGCUCUGUCGCACCUCGCCGCGUCCUUUGAAGCUCGUUUGCGCCAGGACAUGCACGAUGUGGAGAUCGACGUCCAAUGGCAGCUCUGGGCGCGCUGGCCGCGGCUGUGGCAGCACCAGCUUGAGAAAUGGCUCGUUGAAGCGCACCGCGACCCGUUUUGCUCGAUGCGCAACAUAUUGUUGCCCAGCGCACCGCCGUUCGACGCAGCAACGUACUCGACUGCAAUGUACUUGGUCGCGCGCCGCUUCGUCACGAGCCGCCUUGACGCGUAUCCAACUGUGCGAACGCAGCAACUCGUGUACGAGCUAUACAGUGCAUUGCCCGCUGCGGUUCGGGUCGUUCUAGACAAGCAGCCGCCGCCGACGUCCGCUACCGAGAGCUGGCUCUUCUUCACCGAACGACCAGCACGACUACGCGACGCGUGCGCAAGCGCGGUCUCCAGUGACGCUGCCAUCGAGACGCUGGCUCGCUUUUACGGCGUGACAGAGCCGCGUCGGCGCUACCUGCACGACGUCUCGCGCGCACUCGUGACCCCCGACAUCUUUAUGGAGUGGAUGCAAUCUCAUCGAGUGGAUGUGCUGCACCACGCUCUCUUGACCGUCCAGCUGCUCUGCGUUGCGCUGAUGACGCACCCGACGACGCUCCCAGAGUGUCUUCAGUGCAUGCAGUACAUUCUUCAGCUCCAGCCACCAAGCGUCGAACGACGAACGCACCAAAUCGGCGUGCUCACGCAGGUGCUGGACGCAGUGACGUGGCUGCCGACGUCGCUGGCCGCCGCGCUCCGAAAAGAAGUCGGCGUCUGGGUGGGUCGUAUGCAGUACGAUGUGACAACCCGAGUGCCCGACGCAUGGCUCGCCCACAUCGCAUAG